AUGCAUCCUGACUUAUCUCCACACUUGCACACUGAAGAAUGCAACGCCUUGAUUAACUUACUUAAGGAAUGUCACAAAAAUCACAGCAUUCUGAAAUUUUUUGGUCAUUGCAAUGACCUUGAUCGGGAGAUGAGAAAAUGCUUGAAGAAUGAGUACAUGGAAAAAAGAACCAAGAGCAAGAAGCUUGGCAACGCGAUGCGAAAGAGACUUUCAAAUCCUCCAGAGGAAUCUGAAACAUAA